AGAUACAGAAUGGAAUAAUUUACUGCCAAGGUAAAAUGUUUUCUGUGUUGCUUAAAAUAAAUGUGUAAGACCUUGUUACGUGACAUGCGACCCAUAGUUGCUCUGUAAUCUAGAGGUUAAGCUGUGACACCGACAAACAAUGACAUGCUAAAGAAACAAAGGCCACAUUUUAGCGUGAGACUGAAUAGAGAUAACAUAGUGUAAUCCCUUUGGCUAGAGUUGCUGACAGAGGACAACCCUUUAGAACGGCCCCUCUCCUGUCUCGUCCCCUGACCCGGUCUUUCUGAGUGACAGGCAGCGCUGUUACUAUGCCUGGAAAGAUACCUGGUCUCUGACAAGCAAGACAGACCGCAAGGAAGGUCACUCCCUGUUUAUUAUUUUGAAUUUUUCAAAGUUGCACACAACCGAGCAGAAGCACCAUUAUCAGCUUCUCUCCAGUCACAGAAGGACUGAGACCAAAUCAUUCACAACUCAUCCAUCCGCUGCGGGACCAAGCACACGACUGAGCAGCCAUAUCAUGAUUGAGAGUGACAGAGAACUGUCAGUCAUGGUGCAGGAACUAUGGGACAACGAUAUCAACAGACUCCAACCUGGAAGGGACUACAGCAUCUCUCUGCAGGGCAAAGCUGCAGAUGGGUUGGGCAGCACUGACAACAGUGAUGGAUCAGGAUUUCCUCUGUUCACAUUCGUUGAUGAGAACAUUUUCAAAAAGGAGACUUUUUUAGCUUUCAUCUCCCUGUUGGAUAACUACGAGAGUGAUGCCGGUGAGCCAGAAAUCGUAACCCCUGAGGAGGAGGCAGAAAACCACAAGUUCCUUGACUCCAUCAUUCACAUGCCCACGAUGAAGAUAGCCCAUAAAUACCUGGUUGAGAAGAACCUUUCUCCCAAGGAUGAAACACAGUUCAAGGAACAGCUGUACAAGAUCUGGUUUGAACUGUAUGCCAGGAGAGGUUCCAGCAGACCGGACUCCUCUGGGUUUGAACACGUGUUUGUUGGAGAGACCAGAGGAGGGCGGACCGUGAUCGGGUUUCACAAUUGGAUCCAGCUUUACUUACAAGAGAAGUUGGGACACAUCGAUUACAAAGGCUACAGCGUCAAUGCAAAUUCACCCCAGCCUGAUGAGAACAAGCACAUCCUGGCGCUACAGUUCAGCUGGAAGAAUGGUAUAAAACCCAAAGGCAGCAUCUUCAUUGGCGUCAGCCCCGAGUUUGAAUUUGCCCUCUACACCUUGUGUUUCCUCACCUCGCCCAAUGAGCGUGUCAAAGUCCAGUUCAGUUUGUACGACGUGGAGAUUGUUUGCCACCACUACAACCAGAAGCACAUAGGAACCACCUACCCUGUGCUUCUUAGGUACCAGAACCAUGAUUAACUCUUGAUAUUGCAUACAAAAUGUUCACAGGUACUGUUGUCUUUUUAGUUUACAUAAAGAAACAAUAAAACCUUAAGACCCAGUUG